ACAAAUGGAUGGUCGUUGUGAUGGACUUGAGAUGUUGAAGCCUAUGCUACAUAGCUAAAGAAGCUAAGAACUCUGAAAUUGUUUACUGUUGUAAAUAGAUGGGCAUGUAUGUUGUGUUACAUUUAAUGCAAUCAUACUGGCUAUUAGACGUUUAUUUGCCUUACAGUCAGUUUCUUCGGGGGCUAAAGCUAAACCCAGCUGUCAAUAUGCCACCAAACAGUUACUGUUCUGACAGUCAAUCAGCUAGCUUGCACUAGUCUUUAGUUUAAGUGAGCACAACUAAUUUAGCAGUUAACAGUGGACUGUAACAUUAUUGUUGUUAUAUUGUAUUAAAUCGGGCUGUAAAACGAAGGUAGCUGUAAGUGACUACGAUUGCAAACGCUAACGUUAUUAUGGUGCAUUGGACACAUAGCUAACCCACUGGAAAGUAGCUUGGCUAGCUAACGUUAGGUUUUUAUUAACUACAGCGUUAUCCACAACGUAACCUUCUGUAAAAUACUGUUUUAUAAAUGAUAACAUUACUGAGAAGCUACAAUGGCGCACUGGACGAAAUUCGAGAAAGAGAUGGACCAAGAGACAAAAAAUCUGUUAAAGCACUUUACUGGCAUACAAAACGAACAGGAUCAGAACUUUCAGUUAGCUCUGAAAUUCACAUGGUCAAAUUUUCGGUUUCAUCGCUUCCUUGACGUCAACAGCCACAAAGUGCAACGUAAAAUAAAUGGGAUCCAUGAAAAGCUGAUGAUUCACUCAGACGUGAGCAAAGCAGAUAGUUGGAUGAGACUGACCAAUGAGUUUCUGAACUCUCCCCUCCCAAACACUGAAGGUGUCAAGACGGAUGCUCAUCAUAGUAUACUGGCUCUGCUGCUCUUCCUGUCAGAUUCACCAUCCAACACCAACUUCAGUGAAAGGCCCAGAAUAAAAGAAGCAGUUAAAGAAGACACUUUUGACUGGGCUAAGUAUUUAUUAGAGGGGGAAGAUAUUGACACAGGACCCUUUCCAGACACUCCGGAGUGGUCUGAAGAUGAGAGCGACGAAGACGACAGCCAGCAGCCUCUCAGCAGAGAGGAUUCUGGGAUACAGGUGGACAGAACCCCGCAGGAGGACCAGGACCAGGCUGACAAAAACGUCUCUGUCUCGUGGACAGUGGGCGAGCCUGAUGCCAGGGCGUGGCUGGAGCAGCAUGUGGUGACUCCUUACUGGGUGCCGCACAGCCCCCGCUUCCCCCACAGCCUCCACCUGCACUCCAACCUGCUCAACGUCUGGGACCAGCACUUGUACAACACUGAUCCAUUGUACCUGCCUGAAGAGAAGGCCUUUGUCACAGAAACUCAAGUGAUACGAGAGACUCUCUGGCUACUCUCAGGGGUGAAGAAGCUCUUCAUAUUUCAGCACCAUGAUGGCAAAGUAGUCGUUCGGAAUGACGUGGUGGUCACACACCUCACCAGUAACUGUCUGCGUUCUGUGCUGGAGCACAUCGCCGCGUACGGGCAGGCUGUCUCCCGGCUCCAGCGUUUCAUCGACGAGGUGACGGGCUACAGCACCGAGACCGGGCCCCCGGGGGGCUCCUCUUCGUCCACCUCCUCUUCCUCGUCCUCGACCAAGAAGGGCUCCGAGCCCCCCUUCAGGACCUACCAGGCCUUUGUGUGGGCGCUCUACAAGUACUUCACCAGCUUCAAAGAGGAGCUCACUGCCAUUGAGAAGGAGCUCAUUGGCAAAGACGAGACUGUGACGUUGUCUGCCGUGCUGGAGCGUCUCAAGCCUCACCUGGCCCAGGUGAAGGUGCUGCACAGGGUCUUCUGCACAGGUGUGGCAGAUGUGCCCCCUGGCACGCCCAACGUGGUGCGGGCAUCUCACCUACUCAACACCCUCUACAAGGCUAUCCUAGAGUAUGACAGUGCUGGAGAAGCAUCUGAACAGGCGGUGGCUCUGCUCUUCUCCCUGUGGGUGGAGACCGUGCGUCCCUAUCUGGAGAUCGUGGACGAGUGGAUUGUACACGGCCACCUCUUUGACCCGGCUAAAGAGUUCAUCAUUCAGCGGAACAAAGACGUGCCCGUGGACCACCGGGACUUCUGGUACGCCACCUACACCCUGUACAGCGUGUCCGAGGCGGUGGACGGGGGCGAGGAGCGGCUGAGCGACGCGGCCAGCGGGAGCUCCGGAGGCGACCAGGCCGGCGGCGGCGGCGGCGGUAGUAGCCGCCAGCACACCAUGGUGUCCUUCCUGAAGCCCGUGCUCAAGCAGAUCAUCAUGGCCGGCAAGUCCAUGCAGCUGCUCAAAAACCUGGACUGCAAGGAGGCCGAGCAGCACGAGGGAUCGGCCAGAGAUGCAGAGAGGAAGAGCUUGUACACACUCUUCCUGGAGUCGGUACAGUCACGGCUUCGCCGAGGAGAGGAGUCGCCCGCGGAUACGGUCACCGAGCAACAGGCCACCAAGAGGAGCCUCAUCAAGAUGCAGUCCAUUGUGGCACGGCAUCUGGAGCUGGAGGACAUCCACGACCCCCUGCUGGCCAUAAACUUUGCAAGGUUGUACCUAGAGCAGAGUGACUUCCACGAGAAGUUCUCCGGUGGCGAUGUCAUGGUGGACCGCUCGUCUGAGUCGGUGACGUGUCAGACCUUUGAGCUGACGCUGCGUUCCUGUCUGUACCCCCACAUUGACCGCAGGUACAUCGAGUGCUGCGGGAACCUCAUGAGGACCCUGAAGAAAGAUUACAGGUUGCUGGAGUACCUCCAGGCCAUGAGGAAUUAUUUCCUGUUGGAGGCGGGAGACACCAUGUACGACUUCUACACGGCUAUCUUUGAUAAAGUGCUGGAGAAGGAGAGCUGGCAGCAGCUCUCGUUCCUCAACGCUCAACUUCAGGAGGCAGUCGGACAGCGCCACCCAGAGGACAGCAGCAGAUUAUCAAUAUUUCUGGAAACUAUUGACCCUGCCAGAAAAAAGCAGCCAAUCAAUAACCUCGAUGGACUCACGCUUAGUUAUAAGGUUCCCUGGCCAGUGGACAUCGUCAUCAGCUCUGAGUGCCAGAAGAUUUACAAUCAAGUCUUCCUGCUCCUUCUGCAGAUUAAAUGGGCGAAGUACUGCCUGGACACACUAAGGUUCAGUGAUCUAACAGUCGCUGCUAAGAAACAUGAGGGGGCGUCGCCCGAAGAGGAGCCCACCAAGGAGGCCAAAGAGCCUGUUAACCAGCAGAUCCACCGCAUGUUUCUGCUACGGGUCAAACUGAUGCACUUUGUCAACACCUUGCACAACUUCAUCAUGACCAGGAUUCUACACAGUACUGGGCUGGAGUUUCAGCACCAGGUGCAGGAAGCCAAGGACUUGGACCAGCUCAUUAAGAUCCACUACAGAUACUUGUCCACCAUCCAUGAUCGCUGCCUCUUGAGAGAGAAGAUUGGCUUUGUUAAGGAGGCCAUCAUGAAAGUGCUGAACCUGGUGCUCAUCUUCUCCGAUCGAUGGCAGGCUGGAUUUGGGGCCUGGAAGAUUGAGUCCAUCGCCAAAAUGGAGUCUGACUUCAAAAGCUGUCAUAUGUUCCUGGUGACUAUAUUGAACAAAGCUGUCUGCAGAGGCUCUUUCCCCCACUUGGAAGCAUUGGCGCUGUCUCUCAUGGCAGGGUUUGAACAGUGUUGAACGCCUCCACCGUCGCCAGCUGUCCUCUCCAGCUACAGCGUCCAUCCCAGUCCAGUCUGCAUCCCCUCCAGUGCCCAUGCCUCUCAUGAGUCCUGUGUGCUGUUUACUGUCCAGCUGUAUGACAGCUAGCCUACUCUGCUGCGCCCUGUGUUCGUCUCCACCAAAUGAUGUCUUACACAUGAUGUCAUAGCACAUGAGACUGGUGAUGUCAGUGAGGCUAGAUUGGCACAUAAAGUCGAGCAAUGGCCGUGUGGGUGUUUGUCCGCCCUGGGAAAAGAAAGGAGAAAUGAGGAAUAAGAAAAUGUAUAAAAUGAAGAGUGUAAAUGUUUAGUUUAUAAAAGUUGUUGCUGCUUAAAGAUGUUUGUCCUAUUGGAAGUCCUUCUCAUGUAUGAUAAAAACUAUUUGUUACCUGUGAAUUAUUGUGUUGUGUUACUUGUUUUAAUGUUUAAUAAGUGUGGUGUUUAUUAUGAU